AUGACCAAAAUGAAAAGUAAUAACUAUUUUCUCGAAUUUAUGGCGGCUUUGCCACCAGAUGAUACGGUGGUUCUAGUAGGCCAUAGCAUGGGUGGAAUUUCCAUUUCUGUUGCUAUGGAAAUGUUCCCUCAAAAAAUUUCUGUCGCUAUUUUUGUCACGGCCUUCAUGCCUGCUCCUCACCUUAAUGUUCCUACUAUUAUUCUAGAGUGCAAUCGACAAAUGGAUCAUGGUUUUAUGGACAGUCAAAUCUCAUUCGGUAAAGGAAAGGACAAGCCUCCAACCUCUCUCGUCUUUGGCUCCAAGUUCUUGUCCAAUGUCUUGUAUCAACUUUCCCCUCUAGAGGAUUUAUCUCUUGCAACCCUUUUGGUGAGACCCAUAGGGCUCUAUGAUGAUGCAGAAAUGCUGAAAGAAAUAAUCCUUUCAACACAAAAUUACGGCUCAGUUUGUCGUGCUUAUAUAAUAAGUGAGGAAGAUAAAAUUAUUAAGGAGGACUCUCAAAAGUGGAUGAUAGAAAAAAAUCCACCUGAUUUGGUGAAAACCAUUUGUGGUUCAGAUCAUAUGGUUUUGCUCUCUAAACCACAAGAAUUGUGUGUUUUUCUACAAGAAAUAGCACAAGAAUAUUAUUAA